GCAAAAAAUUAUGACCAGAUUUUCGCAAAAAAAGUCAGUUUUGAUUUCGUUCAAAAAAUAUAAUAUGUCCGUUUUGACGAAAUGGCUAUUGUGUAGAGUAGAUACCCAGGGUGGUGCCUCCACCAAGCCGUAUACGAAGGAGGAGGAGGAGAAGAUGGCCGCCAUUCUCAGGGAGAGGAAAGAAAAGAAAGAGGGCAAGAAGAAGGCCCUGAUGGAGGCGCAGGCGGUCAAGCUGAAAAAGAUCGAAGAAGAGAUGGCCAGAGAAAAAGAGAGGUUGAAGAAGGAAGAAGAGGAGAAGUUGAAGGAGGUGGAAGAGGAAGAAGAGGGGGAACCGUCACUGCAAAGAAGGAGCGAGCAGCACAGUGGCAGCAAAGUUGAUGAGAUGGAGAAGAGGAUUUCGGAGUGGGUCACCAACUUAUCCCUGGGCGAAGAAGAAGAGGUGACUAUGUAUAUUCCCAAGGAUGAGCAGGAAGCCACCAUGAGGAAGUGGGACGCAAAAGAAGAUGUUCUGAAGUGGCGGGCGAUGGAAGAUGAGACGAGGAUGGAGUGGAAACUCGCAAUAAUGAGGAAGAAGAAAAGGAAAGUGGAUGCGGCGAGUGCAGCAGCGGACGAGUUAGCGGAGUUGCGGACCCUAACUACACAAUUGACUCCGUAGGUAGACAUCCAACGUAAAGUGGAGAUCAUUGCCCAGAGAGUCGAGCGUUUAGCCAGGGUACAAG